UUGACACUUAUAAGAAUGCAUGGAUAACGUUGUUUGAGUGCAGUCGAGAGCAAUUAUUCUAUUUCUACACACACAUAACAUCAGGUUUUGUCGGCUAUCUCGCCGGCUAUAUCGCUUGUAAAACACGUUCACAUAGACUUGGUUUCUCAAUACCACUUGCACUCGCAACCCCUAUUUCUGUAUUCAUGUUAGCAUCUGAGAACACAUGUAAUUUCUUUCUUCUUCUGUCAGAUAACGAGGACAAGAUGAACUGUACUAUCACAUCAUCGAAAAGUAUAACACUCGUAGUGAUAACCACGACGGCAUUUUUCCUUGCACAGGUCUUUUCGACGUGGUGGGUUUUAUUCGAAAGUGAUUUCAAUAUUAUGUUGAGGGAAGAUCAGUUAUUUUGGACGCCAAUGUAUAACUCUGCUCUACUUGAACACUGGAUAAUGUUAGCCAGAAGGAAUGAAAUCACCGACAAGGAAAACAAAUAUUUGCAACCAUUGCAAUUGGCCAAGAAUUCGAAAGUUUUUAUAUGCACCACAAUGUAUAGAGAGGACGACCAAGAGAUGAAACAACUCCUCGAAUCUUUCAGAUUAUUUAACAACCACGCUUUUAGGACUAAAGGACUUAAAAUCGAGUUUCAUAUUUUCUUCGAUGGUGCUGUAAAGGCAGGAAAACCGACGGAAUAUCUACUUCAGCUAGUUGUGCUUUUUGAAGAAGUGUUUGGGACAAAGGUAGGAUUUUUUACAAAAAUCGAAACACCUUAUGGUUUGUCGCUAAGCUUGCGACUGCCUUGUGAUCAAACCGAGGGCUCAAAUUGCACAAUCCAUCUCAAAGACAAAUUAAAGGUAAAGAGCAAGAAAAGAUGGAGCCAAGUCAUGUAUAUGAAAUAUGCUCUGGAAGAAAAAAUUCAUGGAAACCAAAAUUCCGAACAAUCGUACAUUCUAACAACUGAUGCAGAUGUCAAAUUUACCCCUAAAAGUGUUGAAGCACUAAUUAAUCUAAUGGCACGUGAUGAGAGCGUCGGUGCGGUCUGUGCAAGGACUCAUCCACUCGGAAGUGGGCUGCUAGUUUGGUAUCAGAUUUUCGAAUAUGCAAUUGGUCACUGGUUUCAAAAGGCAUCUGAGCAUGUACUUGGUACUGUUUUGUGUGCACCCGGAUGUUUCAGUGUCUACAGACUUAAAGCAAUUAACGAUGUCUUGAGUCUAUACGCUACAAAUGUUGAAAAAGCAGAAGAAUUUUUAACAAAAGAUAUGGGCGAAGACCGAUGGUUAUGCACGCUUUUGGUCCAGAAAGGAUGGCGGAUAGAAUAUUGCGCAACGUCAACAAAUAGUACUCAUUGUCCUGAAGAUUUUGACGAGUUUUUUAAACAAAGGCGCCGAUGGAUUGUUUCAACACUUGCGAACCAAUGGCUUUUAAUUAAAGAAUGGAGUUUAAUUAAACAAAACAACUUACGUGUGUCUUUCCUCUUCAAGAUAUAUCAAAUUAUUUUGCUGGUUUCAACUUUAAUUGGACCAAGCUCAGUUAUUCUUGUUGUUUCAGGGGGAUUGAAGUUUGGAAAAGAUUGGAACUCUUCAGUAACACUUUCGAUACAGGUUGCUGCGAGCGUCUGCUAUGGAAUUAUAUGUCUUUAUUCUUCGUCACGGACACAACUAAUGAUAGGGAAGUUAUAUUGCUGUUUAUACACAUUUUUCAUGAUGAUAGCGCUUGUUGGUACUGCAGUGGAAAUUGCAACUGAUAUUACCGGUCAACAAGGCGCUAAAGAAAGUUUUAUCAGUGACGAUUUAAAAUUAUCAUCGACCAGUGUCUAUUUGAUAGGAAUGGCAGCUAUUUUUCUCAUUACCGCUGUGUUACACCUAUCAGAGUUUUGGAUUAUAUUUUAUGGAUUUGUGUAUCUACUUGGACUGCCUUCGGGUUAUUUGGUAUUGAUGAUAUACAGCAUCUGCAAUAUAACCGACAGUUCCUGGGGAACAAGAGAAGACGUACAAGAAAUCUUGCAUGACCAUACAGUGAAAGAGAAAAUUUUGUCGGGGAUGAAAUUUUUGUGCUCGUGUUUUUCAAGGCAAGACAAGCAUCAACAAGUACAAGAAUCAGAAAAUCAAGGCACCAAUAAAAGUUUAGAACGAUCUAUAUAUAAAGCUAAAUCGUAUGGUACAUCACAAUCUGGUGACGACGAUACAACGGAACCAAAUGAUUGCGUUGAUCCUGUGCAAAGCGAAGAGGACGAGUCUGUGGAGAAAUGGUUACAAGAUAUGCCUGAAGAAGCAAAGCUUUUGAAAGAAAAUGGCUUCGAGAAAACUUCUUUUAUCAGUAACAUUAGAAAAGAAGAUCUGAAGAGAAUUGGUAUAAAGGACCGGAUAAAAAUAAAGAAAAUUAUUAAUAUGGUUGAACAACUGAAAGAUUACGAAAUUCCAUUGCAAAUUCCAGAAAAUGUUGAGAGUUGGUUAAAACAAAUUGGUUUGGAACAAUACAAAAACCAUUUCUUUGAGGCAAAUAUCAAAGAUCAAAUUGAUCUUGAAAUCCUAGCAGACUGUAAGGAAGAUGAUGUCAAAUCAUUCCACAUCAACAAGAGAGGUCAUAUCAGAAGGUUCCUGAUAGCCAUAAAAGCAUUACGAAAACCGUCACAUGCUCAGAAAAAACAAGUUGAAGCUUGUAAUGCAAUUGAAGAAAAACGUUCUGAAGAACUGAACAACGAAGUCACAGAUUUCUGGAAACAAGUUGGAGAAGAGUGUCUAAGGCCAAGGUCAACAGUUUUCGAAUCCGAUGAGCACUUGAAAGUGAAACUUAAGGACUCGCGCAACAUGUGGCUUUUAGUAUUUGCUAUGAUUAAUGUUCUGUGGUUAAUACUUAUCUCAACGUUGGCAGAUAAGGGAAAACUACUUGGUGUGUUUGGAAGUAAUCCGAUAGGGUUUGCGGUGAUAGCUGUUUAUGGUGUUGUUCUUAUGAUUCAAUUCUUUGCAAUGAUCAUCCACAGAAUUUCAACAUUCCUGCACUUCUUGGGUAUUAUUCCAUACACUUGCGGAACAGUCUAUCAUAGCAAUUUCUUGUUCUAUAACAGUGAUAAUGCUUUGGAAGAUAAAGACGAUGAAAAAUUCAGAAAAGACAUUGAGGAAUGUCACAGACGAGUUGGCGAAAGAGUUCCUCUACUUUCAGAGCAAUUUGAAACAUACUCCACGGCAAGCACUUCCUUUAUCGCAGAUGCAGCCGAAUGAUUAAUGCGUCGGACAAGUUAUCUAGGAAUUACUUGCCGUCUUCAAACCCCCUGAAGGUCAAGCCGUUGCAAGAAACAUUACACCCAUUGCUUAGUACCGCUUGGAACGGAUUGAGAAUGCUUCAAUAAUCUUAUAACUUCAAACUUAAUUGAAUCAAAAUAAAUUCGUUUAAAGUAACAAUAAAAUGCAUGAGUCGUUCAACUGCAAAACGUGUGUAGGCGAACAGAUAAAUCAGAAAUAUCUUCAUAGAAUGUAUUAGUUGUCAAAGACAGCGAAUAUUCGGUGACAUUCUGUUUGAUCCAUUUUGAUCCAUUUUAUAUCAAUAGAACAAUGAAUUCUGGAGUAUCCUACACUGUCUUGAAGGUCUAUAUCUGUUUACUUCAGAUGUGCUUUUAAGCUGGGGUUUAGUAUGCUCAUAAGCAGAGCAAUGAAUGCAAUGUGUUAUUUACUACAAUGAGCAAUUACAUAUAUGAAAAAUGGGGAGCAACGGUAUCACUGCUUGUGUCAGAUAUUUGGAAUUGUAUUUUAUGUUUUGGUUUAUUAUUAUUAUUAAUAAUAGUAUUAUUAUUAUUAUUUGCCAAAGUGAACUUCACAAUGGCUCAUUUCUAGUUCCCCUGUCCAAAUCCUAUCGCUGUGGAUCGAUAUUUUAUUUAUAACAAUCGAUGUGGAUGUUAACUCAUGCAUAUAUAUUCCUUAUUUUUGGUGUGCUUUAAGUAGGCAAAAAGUAAAUAUCCUUAUUUUUACAUUUGAGAAGUUAAAUUUACUUUCUUACUCAUAAAACGAAUAUGAUAAUGCUACAGUGGCUGCAUUUCCCCAUUCUUGGCUACUUAUACAUUGUUUGUAGCUUUCGACAGAAAAAUAUGGAAGUUUUUACAGGCAAAUAUUUACUUAUAAUCUAAACAGCAGCAGUGACGUUGAAUUUAACACUUAUUUGCAUGAUAUUCGAAAAAUAGUGGCAUAUAAAAAAUAUCUACAUAAAUCUUAGAUAAGUUAUAACAGUUGCAAAUGUUUCAAGAAAGUUCUGUUUUAUUAUCAAAUACAACUUUACGUAUGUUUUAUUACGUGCAUUUGAUUUUUAUAUGGAUUUAUUUUGUGGUGGCUCCUUCAAGUAAAAUAUAUGCACUGUGAUUUUUUUUCAUGCAAAAUGAAAAGCAUUUCUAAUGGUGCAAUUUAUGAUAAUAUUUAAGCAUGCAUAUGAUGUAAAAUAACAACUUUGCAUUGUUGCUCAAACUAUAUCAGAAGAAUAAUCUUAGGAUAAGUUAUUAGCAGAAUAAGUGUUUGUACAUGUUGUAUGUUAUCACGAAUUACUUGGGACAACAACAAAACAAUAUGAGACUUUAAACUAAUUUAUAUUAUAGUCGUACAUAGUGGCAUAUUGAAGUUAUUUUACUGAGUAAUGUCUUAGUAAAUGUUUUGCAUUUUAUGGGCACGGCUCCUUUAAUAAAAAAAAAGCCAAAAUGUUGGGAUACCGGGCAUACAAAACCCUGUUAGGGCAUCCCUAGCAAAACAAAUAAGGGACAUAAAAUCAAAACAAACAAAUGAACCAAACUAUAUAAACCUUUGAACUGUAUGUUCUAAAAAAUCAUUGAUCAAUGCCCUUCAAACAAUACCAGUCUUUCAAUUCUGAAUUCACAAAAUAGUCAAUUAUUACAAAUGUAUUAUGCAUUAACAGAGCAUUGACACUGUUGCGCGAAAUUGUUUCAGGGAAGCAGAAACCAGUAUCACCAGUAUCACAAAAUGUCUAUUCGCCGGCCGCAAAAUGUAAAUAAAUUUAGCAGACGUAAGUGAGAUCUAGUAUUUGAAAGUUCAUAGAACACAUCUCUGGUGUCGAACCGUGGUCGAAUUUUCUCUGCUGGUGGUUUUGACAUAAAUAUGUAUCCUAAUGAUACAUUAUUCCUGGUAGUAAGUAGGGCUAGCUAUCUUGCAGCAUGUCGCCUAUGUUAGCUAUCCUGAAAACAUAUAAAAAGAGGACAGUACAACUAGAAUUACGUUAAUAUAAAAUUUGAGCUCAAAUCUUUGACACUUCACAACCCGUCAUUGACCGAGAAGGGCGGGCGGCUUUAUUUCCACAAUUCAUUUCUUCCGUUGUUAGAACAUUCGUCGCCAGCGUUAAAAGGAUAUCUACGUCAACACAAGGGCAAUGUAUAAGUUGUUCCCCAAAUAACAGAGACUAUCCUAAUGCAGGCGUCACACUGUCCCGAAAUUGACACCAGAUGGACAUACGAAUAUGAAAAUUUUAAUUUCGUGCGAAGCCCCGAAAUUGGUCGACAGUCUCUCAACAGCCGAAGCAAGUACGAUUCCUACAGAAGGUCACGCGAUCGCAUCAGAACCACACACGAUUCCUACCGAAGGUCAGGCGAUCGCAUCCGAUACACACACGGAGUCACCUCCAAAUUGGAAUUUUGUUCAAAGUAGUUUCCAAGCAGGACACGCGAAGGUCACAGGAUAGGUACCCGACGUCGAAUUUUGAGUACGAUGCCUUCGUACGUGGUUACGAAGGCGUCAAGUGACCUUCACCUCCGGAUGGUAUACAACCAACGCCAACCGCGGUAUAUUUCAGUUGCAGAUAGUAUUGGGAGCUAAUUACUUUAUUUUGGCUCUUCAUAUUACUAUCGAAAACAAUUAUAUUCACACAAAAAUCUAUGAUAAAAGUGAUGACUUUGAUUAUGAUAUAGUAAACUAUCCACAUUUAGAUGGAGACGUACCGCAUGCAACAUCUGACUGGCUAUAUGUAUCUCAGUAAAUUAGAUUCGCUAGAACUUUUAGCAACGUGAAGGAUUUUCGCAAACUACAUAUUUUCAUUACUAGCAAGCUACUCAAACGGGGCUACCGCUACUAUAAAUUACGUAGAUAUUUAACAAAAUUUAACAAUUAUAACUUUGAUUUAAUGUCAAAAUUCAGUAGUGUUUCAAAAAUGAUUUAAUGGAGAUGUUAUUUACAAACUUCGCAGGAUCUUUGGUCAUUGUUGCCUUUACUAAACCAAAAGAGGUUUUGACUCUACUUUUUUAGAUAUACCACAUGCUUAGUGUUCAACACUUUAACAGUUGGUACUUUCCUCUUUUGAAUACAUCUGACGGACCAAUUGGAUUUCUCUAUGAUGGACAGUUCUUAAUGCCCUUUCGGACUGAAUUGCCUUAAUGUUCGUCUUCUGCCUUGCUUCGUCGGGCCUUUGU